CAAGAGUAGUUUACCAUGUCAACAACAACAACAACAACUGCAUCAAGAAGAACCAAAUGGCAUCCAACUCCGCCGCCGCCGCCCAGCCCCAAAAUCCUCCACUUCCCCCGCAGCCGCAGAACCCGCCGCCGCCAAUCGAAACCCACCACCCAAAACCACCACAACAAUAACCCGCUACUCCUAAUGCACCAAAAUCAUCCCUCCUCCUCCUCUAAAGGAAAGCUCGAAAACCUCUUCGAUCAGGAAACUAGUUCCCCGCCGGAGUUCCCGGACCCCAACUCGAAAAUACCCGUCGCCGGGAGGAGAGAGAGAGUGGCGGAAGACGACGGCGGAUUCGCGGAGGAGAAGUGGCGGUUCCAGGCGGAGAUACUGAGAGCCGAAUGCAAUUUAUUAAGAAUGGAGAGAGAAUUCGCUCUGAAGAAAUUGGAGAAGAAUAGGGUUAAAAUGGAGAGAACUCUCAAAUCAGCUGUUCAAACACUUGUCUCUGUUAGUUUUAUUUAAUCUCUUUUAAUUAAUU